CUGAAGCUGAAGGAGCUGCAGAGUUUGGCCAUUCCUCUCUGCCCGGUUUAAACCGGCCGUCCUCAGGUAGUCGGCGGAAUAUCAGUGUCCUGGGAGCGAUAUAUAAAGCAAUGUAUAUAAAGUGGUUUAUUGGCCUAUAAUGUAAAAUAUCUUCACCAUGGAAGAAUCUUCAUCUGGGAGGAACACUGCAAAUAUCCAUCCAUUUGGGAAGGAGGAAGAUGACUCGUUAGAAAGACUGUUUGUAUUCUUUUGUGAUCAGUUGCGGCAGGGGAACUGGGCCUUGGCACAAGCAUGUAUGCCCCAAUUAAGGCAAUGGCAAGCUGGUGCAGAACAAGUGAAGGAAAUCCUUCAGGCAAUUGUUGUCUGUCCAUAUAAGCUAAGGUGGGAGACGAUAUCUAGCCCUCAUCGACUUGCCUGGCUGUGGCUACUGGAGCUAGAGCGUUGGUGGUCACAUGAUCAGAUAUCACUUCCGUCAAAUGUCAGAAGAGAGAUUGAAUUCUUUUUGCUUCUGGAACAGCUACAGCCACAGCUCUCACAAGAUGUCCUAAAGGAACUAAACAGUAUAUUUUUUAAAUGUCAUAAUCCUGGUAUGGCGAUUGAGAAACAAGAGGACUUCAGCACCUAUACACUAAGUCCUGAGGCAUUUUCUUCUUUGUGGAAACUUUUAUCCAGUAACCCUCAACUUGUGAAGGCCUUGGUUUCUUAUUUGAUGGUUGAAAGCACUGAAAAUUCUGCUGUGGAACACAACCAUAGGCUACAGAAACUAUUCAUUGACUUUCUGCAGAAUGCUCUAUGUACACUAAAGGAAGCACACAAAGGAAAUGCCAAAAAUGAAUCUGUCAUGGAUGUGUACGAGUCAACAAAAAAACAAAUCUAUUCAGUUGUUUCUGUGCUUAUGUUUGAUGCGGAAAGGGAGGCCUAUGAAAUCCAGCAGUUAUGUGAGGAGCUAUAUGAUGCUUGCUGUGCCACAGAAUAUGGACUGAGUGAGGAGCAAUUACUUGGUUUCAUGCUUAGAAAAUCAAACCAAACUCUGAUCAAUUUGUACAGUACUGUAUCCAUCAAGAAGAGUAAAGAGAAGCUGAUAGCACAAAUCUCAUCUGAUAGAGUUUCUCUUGGAUUAUCAGAGGCUGAAAAAGUUAUGUUAGCAUCAUUUGCAGAUGCUGAGGAACCUCCUUCUUGGAAGGCAGCCUACUUCUACAGCAUGAGCACCAAUAAGCACUUUGUGGAACAGGUUCUGGCUACUGCUUUACAAUUAAUAAAGCGGGAGGAUUACAGCACUUUAAGCAAAUUAACGAAGAAAACAUUCAAGCCCCUUUCACGACUCAUGGUGUUGCUGGGGUGGACUCACUGCCAAAGUCUAGAAUCAGCUCAGAAUCUACUACGUACGCUCCAUCAAAACAAGGAACAAUGUUGUGAUGCGGUGCUCCAAGACUUCUGUGGUGGGUUGUCUUCUCAUAUUGAGGUUCUUGAGUGGUGUUUGAAAUGGAACAGGAACAGCAUUCCUGAAAAGGAUUUCAUUCGCCAUUUGCACAGUCUGGACUGCCACUCUGCUUUGUAUAGUUUGCAUCACCUUACAAACCUGCCUGCACUGAAAGUGGACGAUGUCAUUGACCUCCUUCAGAAACAAUCUGCUAAUGGAAAUGGUGCAAGAUCUCAAAACGUGACUCAGCGUCGAAAUGUGACAUUGUACCAAGCGUUGUGUGUCCUUAAAUAUGCCAUAUAUGCAAUCUGCAUAAAUGCACAUCAGCCAUCUUUGUGUAAGGACUGCCCAUAUUCGUCAUUGGAUGCAGCUGUUAAAGAUGUUGCGCUUGAAACUGAGCAUGCAUGUAGUCAAGGUUGUUCUUCAGUUUUCAAGUUUUAUUUAUCCAGGUGUCAGGAGUUUCUACAUGUGAUCCCUGCUCCUUUGCGAUUAGAGGUGUUGGAGAAUAUCUUCUCUUUAUUGUUUUUGUCCUACAAUGAUCUCUAUGGGGAUAAAGCAGGACAUGAAGGACAAUUUUGCCUUGAUGAAGAAGGAGACACUGAACAAAUACAAGCAGGAGUGGGCUUUGAAACAAUUGUAGAUAAUUUGGAAUCCACAAUGGAAGUUGUGGAUAAUAUUGUUGUGCAUUGUGAGCACUCAAGCACUGGGCUGGAUGAAAAGAUCACACAGAAGACCGCAAGAGUUCUUCAUAAUGGUUGCAUGCAGAAGCUGAAGGUCACAAACUUUACAUACGCACCUGCGGAAAAUGAUCCAAGAGAACAGCUGGAAUAUCUGAAUCUGAAGCAUUUUACAAUGAGUGUAAAUCGUGGGAAUGACUUUUUAGUGAAUGCAGUGACGAUGAACAUAUUUCUGGAUAUGAUAAAGGAUCAUUUGGAGGCACUAAAAUGCCAAAUUCCUUGGACACCUGGGAAUGUACCUAAAGAAGAUGUGCAGUUAAUGGAGUGCCUGAACUGUUCAAUUAGUGCAGAAUCUUUUGACAAUCGAUUAGCACAACUUUCCAGGUAUAUCUCUGAAGCCCAAUGGAGGUACAAAGUAGUGACAAGUAAUAAAACAACUGAAGGCGACUUGCCUUGCUUCACUAAAAAUCACCGGCCACUGGCAAAGUAUUCUACACUAAAGAGGCAAAGCAGAAUACGAAGAAAAAGGAUGGAGCAUCGAACAAGUUCGCACUUAACAGUGGAGAGUGUGAGUGGAGAUUUAAGUACAAGCACCUCAGAUGGAAGUAUGGUACAUUUUGCUGUAACAAACGAACAGGAAUUUAAGCCUCAAGUUCGACGGCAUAAUCUUCUACUUCCCAUGAUGUUGGCUCCACCAGAAUCUCUUCUGAUUUCCUGCAUCCUGAGAGGAAACUUUGCUCAAGCACAUCAGGUGGUAUUAAUGUUUGAUUUGCAGUCAUCUUACUGCUAUGGUGAACUGAUGUUUAUGGAACGAUAUCAGCAGGUGAUCAAUGAACUUGCCAAAGUGGAACAGAAAAUGGAGAACAAAGGCAUAGACAAUACCAGUCACAAAUUAAGUGUUGGAAGAUUCACACUUCAAGCAAUUGGUGAUGCAGCAGCAGCAGGUAUGGUAUUUUAUUCCAUUUCUGAUGUCGUUGAGAAGCUGAUUAAUUCAUCUGAGGUUGCCAACUCAGCAUUGCAGGAGGACUUCUGGAAGAGUAAAGUAAAAACUGAGCCGACCAAUCCUCUGCAUGAGAUUCUAGAGGAUCUCAGUGGACCUGCUAUGGCUAUAUUUGACCUUGCUUGUACCCAGUGCCAAUUGUGGAAAACCUGUAAACAACUCCUAGAAACUGCAGAAAGGAGGCUUAUGGCUACUUUUGAGUCAAAAGGUAGAAAGAUCAAUUGUGUUCGUCAUAAUCCAGAUGGGAUCCAGGGUUUUCCUGCAGUUCUUCAGCGAAUGAGCAAAAUCCUGAACUAUUCUCUCAGCUCACACGGACAAGUCAAAGCCAAACCUGCUGAGGACAGAGUUGGCAGCCACCUGAACUGCAGUUUGAUAGAGCUCCUACUAGCAUGUUACCCUGCACUCUCUGAGGAUUGUGUCACUUUACAGCUCAACUUAUCAGAGUGCCUGGAACAGAUCACACAGAAACUUCAAACAGCAAUGAAGUCUCCUGAUCUAAAAGGAAGUAUACUCAAUUGCUUGGAACAAACAAGUUCUCGAUCUCAAGAUCCAGAAGGUCACACCAUCCAAAACCUUAUGAAGCAACUACUGAAAAACCUAGAUCAGCACAUUCGAGAUGUGAUAGAUAAAGACCAGACAAGAGCAGACUAUGUGCGAAGCAUAUUUGACUACAUUAACACAUUUUCAGCUGUGCUCGUUCGAAGUAUGAAUCGAGAUAUGGAUCAAUUUGCAGAAGUCAAAGUAGGAAAUUCCUUUAUAAUCCUGCAACAGACCCCAUCACAACUUUUUGCUCAUUUACUUUUCGAGAAACCAACUUCACCUGAUCGGUUAUUCAUGUUGCUGCAGAAGGAAGAAUUGAACUUGAGUGUACAACAAAUUAUUAUUAGGUGCUGCUGUGAGCAUCUUCCCCUUUGGAAAACCAGGAGAUUCAGCCAUUGUCCUACCUUCCUCAAAGAAGUGACUGAACUGAUUAAAGGACAGUCAGAGCACUGCCUUCCUGAUUUGGGAAUCAUCUUUCCAAGUUCAUUCCAUCUUACAGAAGAAAAUUUAAAAGAUGAUUCUUCAGAUUCUUCCUUGGGACCGUAUUCUCUUCUUCCAUCUGCACUAAAUUUCAUCAAGUCUCGUUCAAAGUUGCUCGCAGUUCUUGUCUGUUUAACAGCAACAGAAGGUCAAAGAGCGCUUAAGCACAGUCUGUCAUGGAAGAAUCGCUUGAGUGGUCGCACAGAGGCACCCCUUGACAUGGAACAGAUCUCCAAGGAGUGUGAACAGUUAAUGAAGGAAUUUCCAAUCCUUGAGCACUUUCUUUAUACAAUGGCCGAACCUUUACGUGGAACCCAUGAAGAAGCUGCCAGUCUUCAGGAUUCUCUGUGUGGUAACCCGUGCACUACCCUUUUGUUAGCGGGCCUUCAUUCUGAGAUAGCUGUAAGCACACUCACUGAAAUCUUCAGGCAAGUCUUGUGUGAUGGUCACUGGCUCAAAGCAUUGAAAAUUCUUGACCUGUAUGGUGAUGAAAAUGAAGAGUUUGAGAAGUUGAAGGAUGUCCUGCUCAGCUUUGCAGUUGUGGGAGAGCAAGAAGGUUGGAAAUAUCUGUUCCGCAUGAAAAAUGCAAUGCUAAGAGCUCAGCUUGUUCUCCACUGCUCAGAGAAGUGGCCACUUGGUGCUUGUCUUGACGUUCUGUUGUACUGUUUAAGUGACCCCAGUACAGAUGAAAGCGAAAUUAAGUCCAAUCUAUGCAAAAAGAAGGAAGAACUUCAGGUUUAUGAGAAGAUCCUUAACUUGGGAUCUCCAGUACCUUGGUCUGGCUGGCAGGAGCUACGGAUUGAAUCCAGUCAGAAUCCACAGGCUGUGAUGGACAUCAUUUUGCAGUCUGGGGAGUUUGAGCUUUGUGAGGCUUGGGUCCAGCUGCAUCCUGUGUCAGUGGACUUUAUAAUGAAGCUCAGGCGUGAAUAUCUCCUUCACUUACUUGAGAAAGGAGAUGGAGAGCGAGCAUUCCAGCUUCUGCAGGGAAUCCAUGAUUCUGAUACGUGCCAAGCUGUAUGCGAGCAGGCUCUGGAUCAGCAUCCGGGGCUAGCUGCUUGUCACUUUCUGGCCAAUUACCUUACCAUGCACUUUCACAAGAGUCUAUCUGCUGCACGCCAUCAUGAAAUUCAAUCCAUGCGCAUUGGAUCAAAGCUUUUACUAACUCUACCAGAUUCAGCACGUGAUAUCUAUUCACAUCUGUCAUCAAACCCAUUGCUGAUGUUGGAGCAGCUACUAAUGAAUAUGAAAGUGGAUUGGGCAUCAGUGGCUGUCCACACACUUCAUCAACUGCUUAUGGGGCAAGAAGCUGGUUUGGCCAUUGAAGACAUAGAUUGCCUUCUUUCUAAAUAUGCAGCCAAGGCUCUUGAAGUUCCCUUUGCAGUGCGUGAGAAAGCACGAUCAGAUUCUGUAAUCAAUCUCCAAGAUUUGCUCACGCAGAGUGCAGGACCAGAUAAUUUUCCAACAUCAUCAAAUCUUGAGAGAACGUCAAGCAUAUGUUCUGGUAACUCCUCUCUCCAAGGACCAGUUACCCCUCGAGAAGGAUCUCUUCGAACGUCAAAAUCAAUUAGUGAAUUUCUUCCUCCAGAAAACCCACCUGCUAAGAAAGACUGGAUCCCCGAUGAUAAGGCAUUGUUUUGCAUGGUCUGUGAGAAAGAAAGGUUCACCAUGUUCAAUCGACGGCAUCACUGCAGGCGUUGUGGGCGAGUUGUUUGCCAGUCCUGUUCUACAAACAAAAUGGUUGUUGAAAAGUGCAGAGAGAACCCAGCACGAGUUUGUGACCAAUGUUACAGCUAUUAUCAUGGGAAUGAAAAUGUACAACUAGAUCCAGGUGAAGAUCCCAUAAAUUGUGGUGAUAGUGAUUUGGAUCUUGCUGUAGCACUACAGAUGCCGCGACAGUCAGAAGUACAUUGGAACCUGACUCUGAAUGAAGAAGACAAUGAAAAUGAGCGUAGUGAGUUUUUCUAUGAGCAGGCUCCAAGUGCUUCCUUGUGUAUUGCCAUCCUGAACCUGCACAGUAAUAGUAUGGAGUGUGGCCAUCAGUUGAUAGAUCACUGCAGCAGACUGUCUCGCGCAUUGACAAAUCCAGAAGUGGAUGCUUGCCUUUUAAUAGAUAUCAUAAAGCAACUUCUUUUCAGUGCUAAAAUGAUGUUUGUGAAAGCAGGCAGGAGCCAAGAUCUGGCGCUUUGCGACAGCUAUAUCAGUAAAGUGGAUGUAGUGAAGAUUUUAGUUGCUGCUAACUACCAGGAUGUGCCUUCUCUUGAACAAAUCCUUAAGCCUGCAGCCAUCACAAGACUGAGAAAUAAACUUUUGGAAACUGAAUACUAUGCACUGGCUGUUGAGGUCUCUACUAAGGGUCUUCUGGACCCGAGUGGAGUCUGGCAUGCUUGGGGGUUAGCCUGCCUCAAAGUGGGAAACCUGUCUGCAUCUCGGGAGAAAUUCAGUCGCUGCUUAAAGCCACCAUUUGACCGAAAUCAACUAUCUCUUGGUCCUCCACUUUUGCAAGAAAUAGUGCAGCACCUGGAAACGUCUGUCAAACCAGUCUCGCCAGUGCAGGAUGAUGACAUUCUUGCCUCACUGAGAGAAUUGGAGACGGUUCUGAAGGGUGACAGUACGGGUUUUGAAGUCACAGGAGAUGGAAAGAUCAAACAAAAGGUCUUUUACCAAGAGUGCUUGUACUACUUGCAAACAUAUGGCACUAAUUUGGCCAUUAUUAGUUUUUAUAUGAGACACAACUGCAUGAGAGAAGCUUUGCAGCACCUGCUAGAUAAGGCUUGCCCUGAAGAGGUGUUCAUGCAAGGGAUUUUCAAACCAAGUUACGAAAGUGGCAGACUGCAUGCUUUGGAAAACUUAAUGGAACACAUGGAUCCAAGCCUGGAAAAAUGGAGUUGCUAUUUGAUUGCAUCUUGCAAACAUUUACAAAUGAGGGGUUUUUUCAACAUUCUGUAUGAUCUGCAGCAAUUUAUGAAGGACCAUAUGCGAGCAGCCAUGACGUGCAUCAGGUUUUUCAGCCACAAAGCAGACUCCUAUAGGGAACUCGGAGCCAAUCAAGGUUGGCUGACCGAAGCCAAAGGUCAUCUGAAAACAUACUUGCAGGAAGUGUCCCAACGCAGUUCGUCGAGAAAGAAAAUUACCAGUUCUUUUCGCAAGCAAAUGUCAGCGGCAGAUGUGUCAAGGUACAUGAAUACAAUUGAGCUGCAGAUUGAAGUAACCAAAUUCUUGCAUCGUUGUGAAAACUCGGGGAUUUCAAAGAGUUGUGGACCCCCUGCCAGUCUCUUUGGGAAUACUAAAAUGAAGAUGGAAGUUGCUUGCAAGGUUCUCCUUGGUGGCAAAAAUAUUGAAGAAGGCUUUGGAAUAUCUUUCAGAGUUAUUCAGGCCUUUCAGUUGGAUGCUGCUGCUGUAUAUGACAAAACUGCAAAACAUUUACUGCAAAAUCGCAAAUUCUGUCAAAUCAGACAGUUACUGAAAUGUGUCAGUGAAUCGGGAGUGGCUAGUGGCGAUGACACUGAUAACCUCCUUGUCCGAUUUAUUGAAGGCGGUGAUGAACACCUUUCACAGUCAAAAGACCUAGAGAAACUGAUUCUUGAAAUGAAGAAAGAUGAAAAUAAGAUUAAAGCCUUCCUGUUGUGUGGUAAAUAUCGCUCUGCCUACUUGGUAGCUGUGAAGCUUGAACACGUGCAGGCAGUGCAGAGUGUGCAGGAAGUGCUGGAGGCUGCUGAAAGAGCUGAGGAUGAACUCAUCCCGAAAAUUUGUAGGGACUGGCUGAAGUCACACCAACUUAAGACUGUACAACAAAAAACCCACCGCAAGUAAACUUGGAGAAUCAUGAGGGCAAAAAGAAUUGUAAUUGCUACCUCAAAAACAUUUGCCAUGAAAUAUUCGAUUUAAGAACAAAAAAGGGAGAGAAGGAAAUCUCAAAAAUUCUGUAAUAGAUAUUGUACUAUCGUUUUGAAAUGUGACCUGAAGAAAGCUUUACUUUUUAAAAUUCAAAUAGAAAAAGCAAUUGCUAAGUCUUUUCUACCUCUCCCCAUGUGCAGCAUUCUGAGUUUGGAUGUAUUUCAAGUUAACUGGUUGGGUAAGUCAUAAGGCUUCUGUGAGACAAGAGUUGAGUACACAGCUGAUUGGAGAAUGUCACUGUAAAUAACUGGCUAGGUGUUGGCAGGGUUCUUUAAAAUAGUGGAGGUUACUAACACAUUAACUUGGGGGCCAAGUUAAUUAUAAUUUCAUGUUUUGUGGUUGUGGUCAAUGUUGCAAAGACUCAACUCUGUUUGGUUUGACUUAUCCAGUUACACUGAUUUAACCAGUUCAUUUUCACAGAAAACCUGAUGCUGCUGUACAAUUACCAAUGUGAUUUGAUAUAUUUCUUUGAAACCCGAGCUUCGAAGUGGAACAAUACAUGCCACACUUCAUCUUUGCAUUUGCUAAAGUCACUUUUUGGAGUGUGAGCACCAUCUCCUUCAAGUUGUUGAGCAAAAGUUUAUAAAUGUCAGCAUCACAGUCAGCGAAAUGUUUCACUGAUGAAGUUUCAUGAUAUCCACUGUUGUCAGUCAGCAGCUUGUGAAUUCCACUUGCACCUUUAGAUAAAACACAAAGGUGUUCAAAUAAAAGCAAGAUUUUCCUCCCCUUUUUAUGCUGUUUUCCUCUGCUUAAUUUCUUAAGGUAUCGACUUUUCACUGUGUACUGUUCCAUGGUGCCUGCGAAACACUAUCUCAUGCUGAUACCCCAUAUCUGACCUGAGCUGUUGAAUGUCAGCUGACUGUACCAUUAUGGUCUCAGCGCAGCCUGAUGUUGUCUUCCCAAACUCUCCCCACAGCAAACGAUGGUCGAGUCACUAAGUAGUGGAAACCCUUGGCCUUUUCCUGACAAUGCUUCAACUCAGUGAUCUUGUGAAGUUAACUGUAGAACAUCUGCCAUCCCAGUCUACCAAGGCUUAAAUCAGCACAAACAUGAGUUUUUUUGUUCACACAGAAAGUACCACUUUGCUACGCAAUGUCAAAUGGAUUUUGAGGCUAAGUUGUUUUCAUAGUCAAAGUUGGGUUUUUUUUUGUAUAUAAUUUGCAGAUAGAGAAAAUUCAGUGGCGACAGAGAAAAUUCAAUGGUAAUGAAGCUGUUAAUUUGAAAAUAGUUUGUCACUUUUGAGAUUCAAUUUGAAAGACCAGGACAUCUUUCUGUUUUAAGUUAAAGUACCUACUUGUGUUAGAUUCAAGUACAAAAACAUAACAUACAUCAGAUCAAAAGGUAUAUAUUUUUAAGUAGUAAGUACAGUUUUUCUAUUUCUAACUUCCCAUUCAGUAGUACUUGGAUAAAUGAUGGCAUGGCAACUAUUUGUGUGAUAUUCAUCAUGAAAUAUCAUUAUGCAAACUUCAUUUUGUCAAGCUGCACUUUUGCAGAUCAUCACCAACUCACAGCUGAACACUGCGAUAGUCCAGGCAGAUCCCAAAGACUUGCUAGAUGAAGAUGUGUCUUGUUUAUCCCUCCCUGGAGUUGGAGGUAAUUUGAGUAUACUUAAAAAAAAGGUCACCUCGGCCUCCCUUAAUUGUUCAGAUUCAAUCGUGACGGUUUGGUGCUGUACUUACAAUACUGAAUAUGCUGACUUUACACAUCAGUGGAGACAUUUUGUAAACUUUUCACCAAAUUUUCAGCGUCUUUGCUAAACUCUGAAUGUCUAAUGACUUUUGAUAUUCUAAAUUAAUUACUGAUUGAAAAUGAUAGUUUGCCUGCACAAAUACUGUAACAUAAUGUUGCAGCCAACUUGAAUUAAUGCAACACAUCUAUUGGAAAUAAUACCUUAACUAGUCAGAAAAAAACCCUGCUCUUCUGAAUUGAUAGAAUGACUAUGUAACAUCGAUAUCCUUUCCAUCUGAUAUUU